AUGUGCUUAGUUGAAAGGCGAGAAACAAAACUGAGUCCUUUAAACAUGACGAUAGCUACGAGGUUACCAACACAAAAUGCAUGUGUUGAAGUGGGGGUGCCACUGAACAACUGGUCGACAGGAGUGGCUUGCUGUCCAAAUUGCAGGCAUGAACUCCGGGUAUCAUUGGCCUGCGCUAAGAGCCCCCAUAUACAACCAGUGACACCAGUCACUCCUCCCUUCACGCUCCAGCCAACAUACUUGCCACAUUCACCACUAUAUACUACACCUUCAUCUCCUUUAAUACCAUCUCCAUUUAAUGAUGAAUUGAGACGUUUGGCUGAAACACUCAGAGCAUUAAGAUUAUCUGGGUGGUACUAUGGAAAUUUGGAUUGGCAGGGUGCUCGAAAUUUAUUAAAAGAUGCAAGUGUUGGUGCAUUUGUGAUCCGAGAUUCCGGUGACAGGAACUUCAUUUUUUCACUGUCAGUACAAACUGAGAGGGGUCCAACAUCAGUCAGAUUACAUUAUGAACAAGGCUUCUUUAGGCUAGACUGCGAUAGACCACUGGCAAGGUACAUGCCUCGGUUUCGCUGUGUAGUGGAACUCGUGCAACACUACACUCGCGUGGGGGAAAGGGGGCCAGCAGGAACAGUCUGGGUGGACCGAGAGGGUUGUCCACAUUCUCCCGUUCUCCUUAAAACACCCCUCAGAAAAUCACCACCAACCCUUUUACAUUCCGCACGUCUCGCCAUACAUAAAACGCUGGACUCGAAUCCUCUAACACCAAAGCUGUGGUGCGCCCCAAAACACAGGCUUUUGCCCCUACCCUCCACCUUAAUAGACUAUCUUGGGGAAUAUCCCUAUUCAAUC